UGUCGGGUUUCCAUGCAUUGCACGUGUGGGUGCUGCGAGCUGUGCCUGCUCCAGCCACCGAGCCAGCCGGGAGCAUGGGGCAGGUGGCUUGGAAGGCUUUGUUUCUGUCUCUUUUCGACUAUAAAACGGAGAAAUACGUCAUUGCAAAGAACAAGAAGGUCGGGAUCCUCUACCGAGUGGUGCAGCUCUCCAUCCUGGCUUACCUGGUGGGGUGGGUGUUUGUGGUCAAGAAAGGCUACCAGGACACAGACACKUCUCUCCAGAGCUCUGUCAUCACCAAGCUGAAAGGGGUGGCCUUCACCAACACCUCGGAGCUGGGGGAGAGGCUGUGGGAUGUGGCAGACUAUGUCAUCCCUCCCCAGGGUGAAAGCGUCUUCUUUGUCAUGACAAAUCUGAUCGUGACCCCAAACCAGAGACAGGACACGUGUCCUGAGAGCACCAGCAUUCCCGAUGCCCUGUGUGACAAGGACACGGACUGYGUGGAAGGGGCAGCAGUGGUGGCUGGCAAUGGGGUUAAGACUGGCCGCUGUUUGAAAGACAGGGACAGCACCAGAGGGACUUGUGAGAUACUGGCCUGGUGCCCAGUGGAGAAAAGAUCCAAGCCCAAGAAACCACUUCUGGGCAGCGCAGAGAACUUCACUGUUUACAUCAAGAACUCCAUUCGCUUCCCCAAGUUUAAGUUCUCCAAGAUGAACGUGCUGGCAACUGACAAUGAGUCCUACCUGAAGACGUGUCGGUWCAGCCAGGAGCACCCCUACUGCCCCAUCUUUGUGCUGGGGAACAUCGUCCGCUGGGCUGGGGGCAACUUCCAGGAAAUGGCCUUGGAGGGUGGUGUGAUAGGAAUUCAGAUUGAAUGGAACUGUGAUCUUGAUAAAGCCCCUUCUGAAUGUAAUCCUCACUAUUCUUUUAGCCGGCUGGACAACAAGUCUGCAGAAACGUCCAUCUCUUCUGGGUACAACUUCAGGUUUGCCAAGUAUUACCGGGAUGCUCAGGGGGUCGACUACCGGACGCUCUUUAAAGCGUACGGAAUCCGCUUCGAUGUGAUGGUCAAUGGCAAGGCAGGGAAAUUUAACAUCAUUCCCACCAUUAUCAAUAUCAGCUCGGGGCUGGCGCUCAUGGGAGCUGGAGCUUUCUUUUGUGACCUGGUGCUGCUGUAUCUGAUCAAGAAGAGUAACUUUUAUCGAGGCAAAAAGUACGAGGAAGUAAAGUCCWGUUCCAGGAAGUCCCUGUCGAGCCCUACGCUGAACGGGAAUCAGAGCCCAGACCAGCUCGAUGGGCUCUGAGCACAGCAGUGGCUCUGCCAGCUGGAUUCGUGCUCCAGGAAAACCACACGGGUGUGGAAUCACACCAGCACUGAGGGGUGGACAUACCCCACAUCRGGCCUACUGUUAUCAGGAUUCCCAGAGGAAGAAACCUCCUAYAAAGACUGCCCUUCUUCCCUGAGAUUUCUCUGGUAUUCUGAGUGUGUCAUCACUACGGAAUUUAUAAAAGGAUUUUUAUAAAAGGACAAAGAAGGCACUAAAUGAAUGUUUUUAUAUCCACUGAUAGAUCUAUCUGUACUUAAUGCCAAUAGCCAGCAUCGUCCUGUGGCUGUGCUUUGCUUCCACGUGCAGAAAAAAAAGCUGUGAUGGAAAUCACCAUUGGCUCUUUGGCAAGGGCUGAAGCUGAAAUCCAACCUGUCUCCUGCUCUGCUGCCUCAGCAGCCACCACUUCCAGCUCCUGCCUGUGYGAUGUGACAUCAGGUGUGAAGCAGCAGGACUGCUCUGCUCGGGAAGUGCAGGGAAAUGUGGCAUAGGAGCAGCUCAGGGAGCUGGG